AUGGCAGUCCAGGAGUCAUACGUCAACUCAUCCCUGGAGAACAACCCCAGGUGGUCCGCACCAGAGGUGGUGGCAGAGGGACGCUUCAGCAAGGAGGCUGAUGUGUACAGCUUCGGCAUCAUCCUCUGGGAGCUGCUGACCUGGCAGGAGCCGUGGUCGGCCUACAAUUCGUUCCAGAUCAUGAUCGCCCUGAGGGACGGCGUAAGGCCCCAGAUCCCGCCGAUUGACGAGCUGCCGGGACAGGGCGGCGCGCUUGCUUGCUCGCCCGCCGCGGCUGGGUCUGAGGUGGCGAGGAAGCGUGGAAGCGACGGGUCCGGCAAGCACGGCGGGCACAGGCGGCGGACUGGCUCGCCCUGUGCUGUCGCGGAGUACAUCCGCCUGCUGAUGGAGUGCCUGGACGAGUGA